GGGGGGAAGAGGAAGAAGAGGCAGAAGCAGAUGGGAAGGAGGAAGGUGAAGAAGUAGAGGAAGAUAGUGAAGGCCAAAGUGACGUUGAAAAAGAGGAAGAUAAGCCCAGGCUGGGGGUGCUGAACGACAGGCUCCACCCGUUCCGGAGGCCCCAGGCCCCGUUGGACUUCAAGAGCCGAGAGGCGGUGGAGAUGAUGGUCCGCGAAAGACAAGAAGGAGGAGGCGCUCGGGUGCACGAGAAAGGCGGGGUGAGGCUGGCGGCCCGCGCUCAAGCGGCAGCAGACCGUAUUCGUGAGAAGCGGGAGGAAAUGGAUGCCCCAGUGGAGCAUCCAGGUCCCCGCGACCCCUCCCUGCCCACCCACGCCUCUCUCUCCCUCGCAGAGGCCCAGGAGAAGCUCCAGGCUUUGGGUCGGUCCGUCGAGGAACAAGCGGCGUUGAAUGUGGCCCGACGGGGCGCGGUGAAAGCUGCGAUUUUGCACGCGUGGGAGGGCUACAAGGAAUUUGCCUGGGGCAUGGACGAGCUGGCCCCCGUGGCAAAAAAGGGGCUGAAAUGGUUCGGCUUGGGCCUGACUCUGGUGGACUCGCUGGAUUUGCUCUGGUUGGUGGGGGAGAAGGACGAGUUCUGGGGCGCCCGAGAUUGGGUGGCGGCCGACCUGGACGUGAGCCCGCAGGUGCACGUGAACGUCUUCGAGGUGACCAUCCGGGUGCUCGGUGGCCUCCUCUCCGCCUUCCACUUCUCCCAGGACCCCGUCUUCCUAGAAAAGGCGCAAAUUCUCGGCCGCAACCUCCGGUCGGCCAUGGAGAGCCCGUCGGGGGUGCCCUGGUCCGACGCCGUCCUGGGCGAAGCCCGGGCCUUCGCGCCCCCCACGGCCCCGGACAGCUCGGUCUCGGAGGCCACGUCCAUCCAGCUCGAGUUCAAG